AUGAUCUUAUUAGAGUCACACAACACUAUCAUCCAGGAUGUCCUGACGGACCGGUUCGAGCGACCGUCCCGGGCCGACAUCCAGUUCGUGGACUACGACAAUGUCCGCUUCCACCUCUCGACCCAGGAAGCCAAGACGGUCCUCCUCUUAUCGAUGAGCAUCCAGUGCUGGCCUGAUCUUGCCAAGUACGGGGCAAGGGAGCACUUGCAAGAGGUGUAUGGAAGCCUGUUGCUCGGCGAGGGCGAGACGGAGCCGGAGUAUCAAGUAUCGAUAAGGAUUGAUCUGGAGGCUUUGCCAGAAGGGCCUGAAGACCGAGCCGAACUCAUCUCCAAACUCUCCCACCUCAAAUCAACCACCAUGUCCGCCCCCUUCCUCGCUGCCUUUUCGGAACAAUCCUCCCUCCAGGCCAACUUCAAGGACGCUGCCGGCGCCCAACAGUCUGAUCUGGGCGGACAAGGCGGCGAAAAGAAGGGCGAUCUGAAGAUCAUCAAGUAUCGCGAGGAAGAGGCGAUCUUUAUCCAGGCGAGCCAUGAUCGCGUGACGGUGAUUUUCAGCACGGUCUUCAAGGAGGAGACGGAUAGGGUUUAUGGGAGGGUCUUCCUGCAAGAAUUCGUCGAUGCGCGUAGAUUGCAGUCCCUCCAGUCUGCCCCGCAAGUCCAGUACUCGAACCGGGAACCACCGCUCGAAAUCCGGCAUCUCCCCGGAUUGAAGAAUGGUGAAGACUGGGGAUACGUGACAUUCAUCCUCUCCCCCCGACACUUCUCCAACCCCGCCACCGCCCAAUCCGCCAUCAACCGUAUCCAGCUCUUCCGCGACUAUCUCCACUACCACAUCAAGUGUUCCAAGGCCUAUAUGCACUCGAGGAUGCGACACCGGGUCGCCGAGUUCUUGAAGGUGCUCAACAGGGCGAAGCCGGAGGUGGCUGUUGCGGAGAGAAAGACGGCGAGUGGGAGGACGUUCAGGACUAGGUAA